AUGUCGACCUUUGUCGUCGCAGCAGCUGAACCGAAAUCCACUUUACUAUCAUCAAGACCAACAGCGAGCACAGCUAUCAACGAGCAUAACCAUGGAGCGCUCGUUGUCAUUGCUGCAGGCGUCUCAUUGGGCACCGCGAUCAUCGCUCUCGCGAUGAGAAUGUCCCAAAGGUGGCCUCGAAGUGACUUCUUCAAGCUGGAAGACAUACUGCUGGUGUUGGCAACACUAUCCGACAUCGCUAACGUCGCUGCCGUUGGACUCGCAGUACAGGUUGGACUCGGUCAACCCGAAGAUCGGUUGUCGAGCGAAGAGGUGCAACAGACGAAACAAGCACUGACAGCCAGCUUCGCGAUCACCUUCCUCACCGAAGGUCUGUCGGCAGUGUCCUUUGUGUGUCUGCUGUACAACAUGAACCCGAAGAAGUGGUUUCGAAGAGCCAUGUUCGUGCUGAUUGCGAUGGUGUCGGCUUGGUCGUUAGCUGGGAUCAUACGCUUUGCCGCAGCGAUGGUGUCGGAUCCUGAGAGAGGGACAUGGAUUGUGUUUGCGGCCUUCAGCAUUAUGUUUCAAUUAAGUCUGAUGGGAUCUGCUCUGUCGACCAUAUGGCCGCUGCAGAUGCCGGUAUCGCGAAAGCUCGGCCUUUCGCUGUGGUUUAGCCUGGCUCUACCUGUGGUCGCAGUUACCAUCGUCCGCCUCACCCACAUACCGUCCUCAGCUUUCGCAGCAAACUUCACCUGGAACGACACCAAUAUGGUGAUCAUCUCCCUUGUUGAAUCCAACCUCGCCAUCAUCAAUGCCGCAUACCCCAGCAUCCGCAGCUUCCUCAAUCAAGUCAGCACUGGCUUCCUCAUUGCUGAAACCGCGAAAGAUUCCAGAUCAGCUUCCGUUGGUCAAAGUUACGGGCUGCGAUCGAUUGUCGGAGGCCGUGAUCGUAGCAAACGCAAGUCGGCUAGUAGGGCGAAGAGUCCUGCAAUCCCGGGUCUGGCACAUAUUGAUGGAUCGAUCAUACACCAUAGCACUGCGGUGAAGGGCGACCACCAGAGCAGUAGGAGUUUUGGCAGCGAGGUCAUCAUGGUACGGCAUAGCGUUGAGAUCGAUGCUGCGUCGAUUGGCGAUUCUGGUGAACGGUAA